CAGCAGGUGGCAUCCAGACCUCAGCUGAGGCUGUUCUUUGUCACAGGUGCGCGGGACCUCCAGACCAGACAUCUGAAAGCCAUUGGGAGCCAGAAGCAAAAAGAGCAUGGAGCUGAACAGCAUGGCAGCCCCCGGAGCCCAGGGCUGCAGCAACACUGGCUUCCAGGAAGAAGAAAACUGUCUUAAAAACCAGAACACGUCAGAAAACAACAACUCAAUUCGGAACAGAGCCGUGCAAAGCGGGGAGCACGGAAACACCAAACAGGGUGAAGAGCAGGUUACCAUUGAGCAGGAUUCUCCAAGAAACAAAGAUGACGUGGAUGAUGACCAAGAGAUGCACGAAAAAGGGUGUUUGGAAAGGAAGUACAAUACAGUUUGCGAUUUUUGUAGGAAACACAAAACCAUUCUUCGGUACAUCAUCUGGGGCAUUUUGUUAGCAGGUUAUCUGGCUCUGGUGAUCGCAGCCUGUGUGCUGAACUUUCACAGAGCCCUUCCUCUGUUUGUGAUCACCGUGACUGCCAUCUUCUUCGUUGUCUGGGAUCGCCUGAUGGCUAGAUAUGAACAUCGAGUUGACGAGAUCCUGUCUCCCGGCAGAAGGCUUCUGAACGGCCAUUGGUUCUGGCUGAAGUGGGUGAUUUGGAGCUGCCUGAGCCUGGGGGUUAUUUUCUGGCUGGUCUUGGACACUGCCAGGAUGGGCCGACAGCACCUGGUGUCCUUCGGUGGGCUCAUAAUGUACAUCACCCUGUUAUUUCUGUUUUCUAAGCACCCAACCAGAGUUUACUGGAGACCUGUCUUUUGGGGAAUUGGGUUACAGUUUCUUCUUGGACUCUUGAUUCUAAGGACUGACCCUGGAUUUAUAGCUUUCAAUUGGUUGGGCAAACAAGUUCAGACUUUUCUGGAGUACACUGAUGCUGGUGCUUCAUUUGUCUUUGGUGAGAAAUACAAAGACCACUUCUUUGCAUUUAAGGUCUUGCCAAUCGUGGUUUUCUUCAGCACCGUGAUGUCCAUGCUGUACUACCUCGGGCUGAUGCAGUGGAUUAUUAGAAAGAUUGGAUGGUCAAUGCUAGUUACCAUGGGGUCAUCUCCUAUUGAAUCUGUAGUUGCUGCUGGCAAUGUGUUUGUUGGACAAACAGAGUCUCCGCUGCUGGUUCGACCAUAUCUGCCACAUGUCACCAGGUCCGAACUCCACGCCAUCAUGACAGCCGGCUUCUCUACAAUCGCUGGAAGCGUCUUAGGCGCAUACAUCUCUUUUGGGAUUCCGUCCGCCCACUUGCUGACGGCCUCGGUUAUGUCGGCGCCGGCGUCGCUGGCGGCUGCCAAACUCUUUUGGCCUGAGACGGAAAAACCUAAAAUAACCCUCAAGAAUGCCAUGAAAAUGGAAAAUGGUGAUUCAAGGAAUCUCCUAGAAGCUGCGACACAGGGAGCGUCCUCGUCCAUCCCUCUGGUGGCAAACAUCGCUGUGAAUCUGAUUGCCUUCCUGGCCCUGUUGUCUUUUGUGAACUCAGCCCUGUCCUGGUUUGGAAACAUGUUUGACUACCCGCAGCUAAGUUUUGAGUUAAUAUGCUCCUACAUCUUCAUGCCCUUCUCCUUCAUGAUGGGAGUGGACUGGCAGGACAGCUUUAUGGUUGCCAAACUCAUAGGAUACAAGACAUUCUUCAAUGAAUUUGUGGCGUAUGAGCACCUCUCAAAAUUGAUCGAUUUGAGGAAAGAGGCUGGACCCAGAUUUGUGAAUGGUGUGCAGCAAUACAUGUCGAUUCGUUCUGAGAUAAUCGCCACAUAUGCUCUCUGUGGCUUUGCCAAUAUCGGUUCCCUAGGAAUAGUGAUCGGCGGACUCACAUCCAUAACUCCUUCCAGAAAGCGUGACAUCGCCUCAGGGGCAGUGAGAGCUCUGAUCGCAGGGACCGUCGCCUGCUUCAUGACAGCCUGCAUCGCAGGUAUACUCUCCAGCACUCCCGUGGACAUCAACUGCCAUCACAUUUUAGAGACUGCCUUCAACUCUAGUUUACCUAGCAAUGCAACCAAAGUAAUGUCUUGUUGCCAAGAUCUAUUGAGCAGCACUGUUGUCAAGGGUCCCGGUGAGGUCAUCCCAGGAGGAAACCACAGCCUGUAUUCCUUGAAGGGUUGCUGCGAAUUGUUGAAGCCAUCAACACUUAACUGCAGUUGGAUCCAGAAUACAUUUUGA